AUGAUGAUUGAUGUAUCUUAUACAAUGACUUAUUUACAUGAAAAAAAUAUUGUUCAUGCUGAUUUAAAAUCUGAUACUAUUUUAUUAAGAACAAAUGGUAUUGCAGUUCUUUCUGAUUUUGGUCGCUCGAAAAUAAUCAAAGAUUCUACAAUGCAACAUAAUCAUAACGAUAAAGGAGCUAUUAGAUGGCUUGCACCAGAACUUUGUAAGAAUCAUCCAGAAAGAUGUUCAUUUAUGUCCGAUAGAAAUGAUGAAGUUAAAAUUCUCCGUGCUUGUUGUACAUGGUCAAAAAAGGAUCGACCAGAUAUCACUAAAAUUAUUAAAGAUCUUCAUUAUACAGUAAACAAUGAUCAUCAAAUUCAAAAUAAACAAAAUGUAGUCACUUUAUAUAAAAUGGAAAUGUCUCAUAUUGAACGACAACCUUCUACUCGAAUUCCUCCUCAAACUUCUCUACAAAAAAACAAAGCAUUAUAUGAUUCUGAAGACUAG